CACACACAGACAGACAGAGGAGUUAAAAAGCUGCGUCAGCCUUAUGACAGAUUCAGUGCUGUUUGUGGCCCCCUCUCCACUCCCAUUCUGCACACACACAGCCCAUGGCCCUGUGUCAAAACUGCUAGUUGGAGAUGAGAGCUGGACGCGGGAAUGUUUUGAGGAUCUGGGUGUAAACUCUGGCAUUCUCGGGAGUGGAUUUGGGAGGUUUCUUUUCUUUGCCAAGUUAAUAAGAGAAGAAAGCAACUUUGGAAUGCGCUGUGUCUUUUUGGUUGCUUUUUGUCUUUUGGUCUCUUAAUUUUUUACAGAAAAAAACGUUGAUGUGAAUACCAGAUGCCUUCACUUCCUCAUUCCUCCUCAAGCUGCUUUCUCGAAAUGAUUUUCCUCAUCACACGGAAGAUUGCUCAGACAUUUUAGAUGCUGUACUUUUUUUAGUCACAUCUCUGAUCAUCAGUGUUUAAACAAAAUGGGGAUAUACACCGAUUGGAACUGGACCUGAAAAAAACCCCACCAUUAGUGCUGUCAUUCUCUCAUUUGCUCUUGCUCUGCCAGGAACGUAUUGAUCAGAGCAAAACCAGCGCUGUUGUCAUGUGCUGUUUACAGACAGCUGCGAGUCAGUGAAUGAUCGGCAAUAAAGUAACUCAUUCAGUCGGCUUGAGUUUGGACAAUCAGCUUAUAGCUCUUUGUCAUUUACUCUCUGCUGUAUUAAAUAACCAGGCUGUGGCCUGACAGUUUGUUUAAAAGGGUGUCAGUGGAUUAAUUAUACUUAUUGUUUACAGAAAGUCAGGGUAAGUUGAUUAAAAAAAUGAAUUGAAACUUUUUACUUCCCUCAGAAGAAGGCACAUGAAGCUCUCUGCGUGGUAAGUUUGUUCAGCAGUGUCCUCCUUCUAAAAAAAGGGGCAUUGAUGAUAAGCUUGGAGAAAAAAAAUGUUAAAAUGGACACUGAACUUGAGUUCUGAGAAGAAAAACAAGAUAAUGUCACACAUGGAGGCUAUGACUGAGAGAUUUACAGAGAUCUGAUGGGGAUGGCUGAAAAAACAGCAACAUUUAGAGUCUAAAGGACGUUCUUGCUUUGUUUUGGACUAAUGCUGGAGGAAAUCCACCUAUUUCGUGAACUCUGAACUAUCAGCAGCCUUUCCUGCCUGUAUAUCACUGAGAGCCAUGAAGAAUCCUGGGUGGAGUCCUUAUGGAAUAUCAAGCUUUUAAGAUUCUUUUCUUGAUAUAUUUUUAAUACUGAGUGCUGUGUUUUGAGAAGCGGCUCUGUUGUGCAUUCGAAUUCACGUUGGCAUUUUAUUUGCUCAUGUUUUCACCUUCAGAGGAGACAUUUUGUUUCAUUUAUUAUAUCUGUGACAUUCUUGAUAAGAUAUGAACGAUUGGUUAAAGUGUUUCUUUGCUGCAUUCAAAUCAGUGUGUGAUGGUGCAGAGACAGACUUUCAAAGAGCUUUUUGGCUGAUUUGAAGUGAAUUUAUUGUAAACGUGUUGUCUUGGAGGAAUCGUGUGCAUCGCCACAGGAUUCUGUUCUGCUUUCCGACUGUUGACCGCAGCUUCUGUAGCUGGCACGAUGAAACUUGUAUGCAUGAGAGGAUGGUUUCUAAUUAAUGCUUGCAGUGUUGGAAACUGCUUGACCGAUUACAUACUCACUUUCUGACUACUGGGAUGUGGUGCCAAAUACAGGGGCUUCCAUGGAUAUUAGUAGUACAUUUGACAACAUGGACACUGGACUGACACAAGACAGACCAGUACAAAUGUCCUCAUUCUACAAAGAGAUUGAGCCUGUUGAUGGAGCAGGAAAUCAUGAUGUUGUAAAUAAUGUCACCAUCCCCGCCUCAGGAGCAUCAGAUCCUAGGGCCCAGAAUUCUUUGCAGCAGAGCUGGGAAAUGAACUUCCAAGAAGCAGCAAUAUACCUGCAGGAGGGAGAGAAUAACGACAAGUUUUUCACUCAUCCUCGAAGUGCCCAUGCGCUCAGUGCCUACCUGUUUGCUCACAGUCAUCUGUUCUAUGUGGUGGAGCUUCUGACUGCGGUGUUACUCAUGCUCCUGUCCCUCUCAGAGGCUCCUGCCGUCCCCUUCCUCCGCCUGGACGUCUAUGUUCACGCAACACUGGAGUUAUUGGCUUUGGUAAUGGUGGCCUUUGAGUUGUGUAUGAAGCUCCGAUGGCUUGGCUUCCACACUUUUAUACGACAUAAGAGGACCAUGGUGAAGACGAGUGUCCUGUUUAUUCAGUUUAUUGAGGCGAUUGUGGUCUUAGUCCGGCAGACGUCCCACCUGCGCGUCACAAGAGCCCUGCGACCAAUCUUUUUGGUGGACUGCCGUUACUGUGGAGCCGUUCGCAGAAACUUGAGGCAGAUAUUUCAGUCUCUUCCUCCCUUCAUUGAUAUUCUUCUGCUGUUGCUUUUCUUCAUGGUCAUCUUUGCCAUCCUGGGAUUCUGUUUGUUCUCAGCAAACACAGCCGAUCAUUAUUUUAGCACACUGGAGAACAGCAUUGUGAGUCUGUUCGUCCUCCUGACCACUGCGAAUUUUCCAGAUGUGAUGAUGCCGGCGUAUUCGAAGAAUCGUUGGUCAUGCAUUUUCUUCAUCGUGUAUCUGUCCAUCGAGCUCUACUUCAUCAUGAAUCUGCUCCUAGCGGUGGUUUUUGACACGUUUAAUGGAGUUGAGAAGAUGAAGUUCAAAUCUCUACUUCUACACAAGCGAUCAGCCAUCGAGCAUGCCUUCCAGCUGUUGGUUAGUCGGCAGAGGCCAGAUGGCGUGUCUUUGAAACAGUUUGAUGGACUGAUGCGAUUUUAUCAUCCACGAAUGACUCCACGUGAUCGCUUUCUUACUUUUAAAGCCCUCAACCAUUCAGGUGCACCCAUGCUGAGUCUCCAGGACUUCUAUAAAUUUUAUGAAGUGAUCGGACUGAAGUGGAAGGCACGACGAAGUGGAGAGCACUGGUUUGAUGAUCUUCCUCGCACUGCAUUGCUCAUUUUUAAAGGAAUCAAUUUACUUGUGAAAUCGAAAGCUUUCCAAUAUGCAAUGUAUCUGGUAGUAGCCGUCAAUGGCAUCUGGAUCCUAGUGGAGACAAACAUGUUAAAUGAUGGCAUCUCAUGGACUCGUGUCGUCCCCUGGAGUUACAUUAUUUUCCUUACAAUUUAUGGUAUUGAGGUGUUGUUGAAGAUCACAGGCCUCGGACCCAUCACAUAUUUCAGCUCAGGAUGGAACCUCUUUGAUUUCUCAGUAACAGUCUUUGCUUUUCUGGGACUGAUUGCUCUGGCCUUUGACAUGGAGCCGUUCUACUUCAUUGUGGUGUUGAGACCUCUUCAGCUUCUCCGGUUAUUUAAAAUUAAACAGCGCUAUCGGAAUGUUCUGGACACAAUGUUUGAACUGUUCCCGCGCAUGGCCAGUCUAGGUCUGACUCUGAUCAUCUUCUAUUACUCUUUUGCCAUCGUCGGAAUGGAGUUUUUUGCUGAUGUUAUUUAUCCGAACUGCUGCGACAAUAGCACCGUCGCGGCCUCCUAUCGGCAGAUAAAUGUCACCACUGGCAACCGGACCGAAUUACAAGAGGGAUAUUACUAUCUCAAUAACUUCAAUAACAUCCUAAGCAGCUUUGUAACUCUUUUUGAGCUGACAGUGGUGAACAACUGGUACAUCACAAUGGAAGGUGUGACAUCACAAACUACUCACUGGAGCCGCCUUUAUUUCAUGACCUUCUACAUCGUGACCAUGGUCGUCAUGACUAUAAUCGUGGCCUUCAUACUGGAUGCAUUUGUCUUUAGGAUGAAUUACAGCCGGAAGAACAGAGAGCCGCUGGAUGACCCUGAAGAUGAAAAGGGGAUUGUGUUUGAGACUGAAGUGUCCCAGACUGAAGCUCUGCAGACUCUGGACUUUUAUAAACACACACUGGGCGUCACCAACCUCACCUCUCUGCAGGACAUGUGUGUGGCUCUGGAGCGAAGCGGGCAGACAUCAUUAGUGUUUCUGGGUCGAAGGUCACGUACCAAGAGUGACCUCAGUAUGAAGAUGUACGAAGAGGAGAUUCAGGAAUGGUACGAGGAAUAUUCCAGAACAAACCUUCAGACUGAUGGGACCUUCCACAGAGAACUGGACAGCCCUGAUGCUGGUGCCACAAACAGCAUUAACUAACAUAUACACUGCAUCAGCAUAACUAACACAUUCACUUGUACCUCUGAGGAACUUUAGGAACGUCUUCCUCUCAGCAACGGAAAGCACAGGUGUUCCCCAUGACCACUACAUUCUCUCCUUCCACAGACCUCCUUCACUUAAAGCCUUACUCCCCCACAAAAAAACCUUAAGGUUCCGCGGCCAAUCAGGGAAGCUUGCAGAUCAAUCAUUUGACAUGCACUUGGUCCAGGAACCUUUUUUCUUCCAUGAAAUGCGCCUCAUGACAUUUGUCUUUUGACUCUUAAGGAUUCAGACUCUCGUGGAUUUUGCAGAUGGAGCUCAGCGACUGAAUGUUUCUGUGGGAGUUUAUUUUUUCUCCGCAGUCUGAGGUAUUGCUUAACCAACAGAUUAAAGAUUAUAGUAAUACACUAAUGCUGUUUUUUUUUUUACUAAAGCUGCUUUUUGCUGGAACCUUUGGACCUUAGGCUUAUUUCUUUCUAUAUAUAUAUAUAUAUAUGCUGAUUAAAUAUAUGUCAGUUGCAGUUAGGAGUCAAGUCAAGUGUUUAAAAAGCUGCUUAAAUAUACAUCCACUCACUCGAUAUGGGCUGGUUUCCCAGACAUGUGUUCAUUUUGGACAGAGAAGUGUUAGAAAACCAGCCCUGGACCUUUCAGUUAAGCCUCUGUCUUUUGUCAUAUAUGAAAAGAUCUCAUUUCCUUGUUUGGAGUCAGUAUUGUUUUAGUCACGUUCAGUAAAAUCAGUCACAUUUUAUAGCGCUUAAAAUCUGACCGACUCUGAAAGAGUUUUCAGAAUAAAUCUGUUAUGUUUCCAGACCCAAAUGUUUCUGACAAAGGGAAAACAUUUGUUCUUGCUAAUGGUUUUACACAGUUUCAGAACUGUCAUUUAUUUAUUUACUUCAUAAGUUAACCAGUUAUUUUUCCCCUGACAUCUCUCCUGUUUGUUUUUGCACUGUUUUACAUUUUAUUUGUUUUAUUUUAUGCUGUUUUAGAGAGGUGUAUGCCGGAGAAUUCCAUUGUUUACUCCCAUUUGGUUGUUUGAUUGCACUAUAGGUUGAUGCCUGUGCAUCCGUGAUGCUCCAAACACAUGAUCCAUUUGUGACGUCAAAGCACACCAGCUCCUCUAAUAGAGCAGGAUUUACCUGUGUCCAAGUUCUAUGUUCUUGUUCCUUUGUAAAUGUACAGUAUAAUAAUAAUAAUAACAGUUUUAGUAAAUGCUACAUUUUAAUUAA